UGUAGUUUUGACGCGUUCGGAAAUCGAAUUAAGAACGUUAGAGUGAGAGGUGUGUGAAGAACGAGAGGUGGACGAUACAGUGGAGGCAAUUUUUUGUUAUUGUUUGGCGGUGAUUUUUUCAGAGGCGUGCUAAUGGGAGUAGGCGCGCGAGUGGGCGAGCCGGAGCGGCAAGCGCGCUCUUCAGUGUUCUGGCUGAGCUUCGAGCGCGAGUAGACGCGUCACCGCGGAUGUGUUAGCUGAUGUUAGCGGAUAGGACUGAGUCGUGAACUGUUGUGUUGGUUGGUGCGUAUGCCCGCGGUGGCUCGACCAUGUUGAUAUCGGCGGGCAGCGGCCCCACACCAGAGUAUUCGCCCGCGUCGUGCUGCGCUUUGUGGAAGAUGGAGCCGGCGCCCGCCUCCAUCUCGCAGCCGCUGAACAUAUCGCCCAACGUGCCGGUAUCUCCAUCGUCAUCGGGCGGAGGUUCCGGGACGGCGCUGUACCCGGGCGCGGCGUCUCACCCGCUGUCAUCGCUGCUGUCUCAACAGAGGCUGCUGGAGCUGUCACGCUUCGGGCUGAGGCACUACGACAUCGCACACCACGUCCUGUCCCAGCAAGGUGCUGUUACUAAACUGCUUGGCACUCUGCGACCCCCGGGCUUAAUCGGCGGGAGCAAGCCGAAAGUUGCGACGCCGGCGGUUGUAUCCAAGAUAGAGCAGUACAAAAGGGAAAACCCGACGAUCUUCGCGUGGGAGAUUCGCGAGAGGCUCAUUUCUGAAGGUGUCUGUACAAACGCCACUGCCCCAAGCGUAUCGUCCAUAAACAGGAUACUGAGGAACAGGGCAGCAGAGAGAGCCGCUGCAGAGUUUGCUCGCGCGGCCGGCUACGGUCUCUACGCUGCGCCGCCUCCAUAUGGUGGCUUCCCAUGGGCUGGCGGCGGCGUCUGGCCCCCAGGCAGCCUCCCCCUACCACCAGGCGUCCCUGCACCAGGUGUGGGAGUCCCACACCCUGACGCUGUGAAGCAAGGCUUCCUUUCGUCAGGACGGGGAUUUAUUGAUGUGGAUGGUGAAGAUUCAGGCUCGUUGGACGGCGAACAACCCAAAUUUAGAAGAAACCGUACGACGUUCAGUCCAGAUCAACUAGAAGAACUAGAAAAGGAAUUUGAAAAAUCUCAUUACCCCUGCGUAUCAACGCGAGAACGGCUAGCUUCUAAGACUUCCCUAUCGGAGGCUCGUGUCCAGGUUUGGUUUUCCAACAGACGAGCCAAGUGGAGGCGCCACCAGCGCAUGAACCUCCUCAAGCGCGGUGGCGGCUCCCCCUCGCACCGCUUGCCCCACUCCCCCUCCCGCUCCCGUUCGCGUUCUUUGUCCCCCGCGCGCGUCCCCUACCAUACCCCCCAGAUGGGCGGCGAGAAUAGUGCGUUCAAGGCUCUGGCGCACCAGGACCCCAACGCGCUGAAGGCUCUCUCGCAGCAGGCUCAGUUCGACAGUACGACGCUGAAAGCGCUGUCGCAGCAGCAGUUCGACUCGUUCCAGCCGCACCCAGCGCUGGAGAGCAGCGCUUUCAAAGCGCUCGUCCCCAACUCGGCCGCCGCCGCGCUUCUGGCAGCACAAUCGAUACAAUUAGCCCGCGGAUACGAAUCUCAUUCAGAUUCCGACGAGGAAAUAAACGUCCACGACUCGAGUGACGACGAAGCCGAGAAACAGAUUAACAAGACGAGAUCUAGAUCUAGAUCUCCGAGCCCCGAGCGGCGCAGAAUAGCGGCCAACGACUUGCCACUACAAUUGACUAAACAUGACCGUUGAUUAGGGUUACAGUUAAUUUAUUUCAUUUGUACUAAGAAAAUAAUGAUUCCUAUUGAAUGUCGAUGUUCCGAAUAAAUAAAUUAUGUAAAUUAUAAUCCUAGAUUAAUUAAUUCACGCGUUCGCUUGUAAAUUGUUGUAAAUAAAUAUAAGCAUUAAGGUUGUCAAUAAAUGUAAAAGAUGGCUAUAAAUUUAAGUUUGCACAAAGAAACUGAUAUAUUUAUACAUUUCUUAAAUAGAUACUUUGAGAACCAGGUUACAAUUUGGAAACAGUUUUGUUCAAUUUUUAAUUGGGACAUAAAGUUAUCUUGUGCCUACGUAGAAGCAAGGGCAGGCAAUAUACGAGUAUUCAUAAAAUUGUAACUAAUUAUUAGUGUUGAAUUAGUAAAAACAUUAAAUUCUCUCUCUAAAAACUUCUAAAAAUAAUACCAGCUAAAAAUUGAUAUAUUGUUGAAAAACUCAUAAGAAAGAUGAAGCACAUAGAUUUAUGUCCUUAAUACUAAUAUUUCGACUAUAAAGUUUUUUGUAGAUAAUGUAUCAUAGUACCAAAGUAUCAUAAAAAGCCUCGUUCUCGUGUUAUUUAAAGUUCCUAUUAUGGAUUUAUACUUAUCAUAAACAACAUCGUUAGACUACUUGUAAUUCCAGAUUAUUUAAUUCUUUGAAAUAAAUAGCCUAUAACAGUACAAUUUGAAUUUAUUCAUCAUAUUUUUAUUAUGUAGAUACCUAUGUAAAAUGUAGUAAAAUACUAGUUAAAAUAAAUUAUUUGUUUAAUGCUUACUUAUACGUUGUCAAAACCUAAAAUGUCUAUUUUAGAAACUCAGAACCUCUUUUGUCAAAAAUUAAAAUUCCAAGCCUUUAAAGUGUAAUAAAUUAUGUAACACUUUAGAGUCCCUUCACACUGAUCUUUGAAUAAGUAUGCAAUUUUGUAAAAUAAACCGCUCUGACAUUACCAUCCCGUGAAGUCUACUUUCAGUGUGCAUUUUCCGGCCUAAAUAUCUCAAUGAGUUGACAGUUCAGAGAGCAGACUACUACUCUGUAUUACCGCAUUAUUGUCAUAUAUUCUAUCCCAACGCAGGCUUUGGGUAAUUUUGGGUAAAAAACUAAAUAAUAAAGUGUCCUUUUAAAAAAAACAGUUAGGUACGUAGUUUCAGUUGCGCCUUGCAUACAUUCUAUAAAUACCGACGGUGAAUUUUCUUAAACAGUUCUGCCUCCACUAGCCAAGUGGCAUGUCGACUCUCUUUCUACGAUCGCUAACGCUUCGAAAACUAGAAAGAUGUAUGAGAACGACAUUUGCUAUCGACAGGUCACGUGAUCAAGAUCUGUCAUUCCCAUAAAUUUAUCUAGUUUUCGAAAUGUUAGCGGUCGUAGAAAGAGAAUCGACGUGCUACUUGGCUAGGGUGUCUGGGAAGGGGCUCCAGGAACCAUUGUGAAAUAAGUUUGUAAUACUCGUAUUUGACGACAAAUGCAUUCCGAUAUAGAUUUACAGAUUUUUGUUAAUAAAACUUUUAGAAAACUUGUGAAAAAUAUUACAAUAGUAUCUACAAUUGAGUAAACUCAUAAAGUCAUUAGAUGCGCUAGUUCUAUAAAGUACGAUUCAGACUGAUCGUCGAAACGCCGCGGCGCGGAAGAGCCUAUUGAGAUGGAAACGCGUGUACACUACAUCAGUCACUUGAUGUAUAACUUAAAGUAUUUUUUAUUUCAACAUAGUUUUGCGCUUGAAGACACUUGAUAGAAAGCAACAAUACGGUCUGGGUUACGUGCUUACCUUGAAAUUACACAAGCACUGUUGCAAACUUUAAAUGUCGAAUUAUACAUAUCAGUAAUAAUGUUAAAACAAUAUUCUUUAUUGCAUUCUACUGCGGUCUUGAGUCGUACUGUAAAUUAAAAAUCAACAUCAUCUUUAGCUGUUAUUACACUUAUUCGUAAAUGUAAUAUAAAAUGUAAAUUUAAAAAUGAUACCUAUGUAUUAUAUACGUAAUCGUGUUGUGUAUAUAUUGUUAAGCUUUCUUAAGCACUGUGAACUAUUUAUUAAUAGACAGAUGUUAUUAUUAAUGUGAAAAUGUAGGCAAUUUACAUACGUACCUAUGAAAACAUUGAAAUAAAGUUUAUUGAAAGUA